UCUCGUGAAAUUCUAACAAAUAAUUUUAUCAUGUAAAUUAGUAGUAUCACUAUCCCCGUUAUCCAAAUCCUUUUAAAAUGCUUCCUGAACUUGUUAGCGUUGCUUUGUAUUGUUUGAGUUUUGUCAGUCUGUUCCUCAUAGACUACUUACUGGGUAACGGAUUUGUGGAUAUGUUUCAAAAGUUGUUGUGCAAAAUUGUCUGUUUCGUUAGGAAGUCGAUACGGGAAGAGAAAUUGUCGGAUAUGACGGGUUAUGAUAAUGUUAUAAGUAUACCGUUUAUUGUUACUGAAAUUGUUUUCUUGGGAUUGACUAUUGCUUUUUUAAACAAAUACAAACAAAUUCGUGCUAAAGAUAGAUUGGAUGAACUCCUGCAAGAUAGUCGGGCUGCUUUACAACAAACCAAUGAGUUUUUAGAAAAAUGGCGUCUACGAAGGCUCACUUGGCAGGUAAAGACUGAGCAUUCUUACCUAGAUGAAGAGCCACAAGAGAUCAAACCGUUUAAAUUGGAAGUGCCGAUAUUGCACAUGGCAAUAAUUGAUACUCUUGGAACAACCAGAAGUCGACCAGAGCGAGGUGACGCUGGUGACACAAUCAACAUCACAGAUUCGACCCUCCUCUCAGUGACGUCACUGCUAGAUGAUGACGAAGCAAUCCCUGAACCAAUCAGCGAUGAGAAAUAUGACGAUUCUAUGGAAAAGUGCAUCACGGAGUUCAAGAAUCGGUAUCUUUGGGACGUGGUGGAAGAAGAUGACUGAUGGAUUUUUGAAAUAAAUGUUUUUAAUAUCUUAA